UGGCAGAGCAUAAAUGCUUGGAAUGGGCGAUGGCGAAAGGAGAAAAAGGCCAAGGCAGAUGAAGCAAUAAUCUUCGCUUCAUAAACAAGGAAGACAGGUCGGCCGAAAGGGGCGGCCCCAUUGCAGAGACAACAUCAAAAUUCCCAAUUUUGGAGCGCAUUUAUUGUUGGAAAAUUCGUCCUACCGAGGCUCGGUUUCUUUCCAUAUUUGCGAUCAUGGAAGCUCAAUUCACUGGCGAUUUUGCAGCGCAGGAUCUUCCCUCUUCUACCGUCGUCGUCAACAUUUUAUCAAGAUUCCAGCCCAGGCCAGGCAUGCUCAACUCUGUGCUCGACAUCCCAAGUGAUGUAUCAGAGCUACUGGGUUCUUGUAAUUGUUUGCUUUGUUUGUUGAAUGGCUCUUCUUUGGAUUCCAUUUGCAUAUGCAAUCCCAGUUUGGGAGAAUCCAUAGCCCUUGAGGAACCCAGUAGGGACAAAGAUGUUCAACGGGUGGGUUAUUGGAUUGGGUUUUGUCCAGCCACUGGUAAAUCCAAGGUCAUAAGAGUUGUAAAUGAAAGAGUUAGGAAAUCAGAGGUUGAGGCUUGCAUCCUUGGCUCUGAAACAUGGAGACAUCUUGGUGAUUCCAAUUUCCUGAUUUUUGGGGAACCGGGUAGUGGUAAUUUCAGUGGAGCUCUUAAUUGGGUUGGUAAUGAUUGUGGAAAUUCUGAACUCGUAUGUUCCUUUGGGAUUGGACAAGAACAAUCCCUCCCAAUCCCCUGGCCUUCUGAGAUGACAUUGGGAGUUUUAGGAACUUGCAUUUGUAUUUUUGACAAUUCCUAUCAUGGUCUUGUUGACAUAUGGACCUUGAACGGUUAUGGAGUUGCAGGAUCUUGGACAAAAGGCCACUUUACGGAAACCUCAGGUUCAUCCAGAUUGCGACGCCUGAAAACACUUUGGGGAAAUGGAGAGAUUUUGAUCUCUUGUUGUUAUGGUGGCCUGGUUUCUUAUGAUCCCAAAGGAAAGAAUUCAACGAGAAUUAAACUUUAUGGUUUGCAACAACCAGGGUCUGAGAUAGGUGCUUAUAUUCCAAGAUCUAUCUCCCUCAAGGAUGCUGUGGUGGGAGAACAGUCUAGGAUAGCGAAAAUCCGAUCGAAGCGCUUGCGUACUACUUCCAUUUGCAGUUCCAUCAUCAGAGAGGAAGUCAAGUCGAAGAGAUGGAAAAGAUUUGAAGCAAGAACUCGCGUGGUGACACCUAAUACUGGUGUUUCCAUGCUUGAUCUCCCCACUCCCAUCCUCACUGACAUUCUUUCAAGACUUCCAAUCAAGACCAUUUUUAACUGCAUGCAGGUCUCUAAAAUUUGGCGCAACUUACUCGCAGACCCUUAUUUUGCUCGUUGUUAUCUAAGCAGAUCGCCCACCACUGGUGUCCUCCUUUCCAUCAAUGCUACUGUCCACUUGCUUGAGCUUGGGCAAGACUAUAGUUGCAACGAUAAACUUAACAAGCCGAUGAGCUUCAACUCCAAAUAUAAUCUCCCGAGCAAACAACUAUAUUUGGUGGGCUCUUGCAAUGGCUUGGUUUGUCUGUUAGAUAGAUCUUCCCCUGACUCUGUCUACAUAAGUAAUCCUGUUUUGGGAGAAUCGAUUAUCCUUCCAAAGCCCAAAAGAGAGAAAAAUGUAGUGAGGGUUGCUUAUGCUUUUGGCUUUAGUCCGGUCACUGGGGAAUACAAGGUCAUAAGAUUUACGAAUAAAAAGGUCCAUGGCCAUCUAGAUGCUGGCACAUAUAGAAAAUCAGAGGUUGAAGUUUGCACUCUUGGUUCGAGUACAUGGAGAUAUGUUGGAGAUGCCCCCUUCUGUGAAAUGCAGGCAAGUGCUAAUCUGAAUGGAUCUCUUCAUUGGCUUGAUGAUAGUCAUGAUUCUGAGUUCAUAUGUUCCUUUGACAUUGGGGAAGAGAAAUUCCGUCAGAUUCCACUGCCUCCGCAGAUUGGAAGUAAAACGUGCUGGUUGACAUUGGGAAUUUUAGGAAAUCGUCUAUCUAUCUUUGACAACUAUUAUCAUGGUCAUGUUGAUAUGUGGUCCUUAAAAGAUUACGGAAUUGCAGGGUCUUGGACUAAGGACUAUGUCGUGCAAACAUCAGGUUCAUCUAGGUUGCCAGAUUGCGUGUUCAGACCAGUAACACUUUGGGGAGAUGGAGAGAUUCUGAUCUCAUGUCGUUAUGGUUUGUUUUCUUAUGAUCCCAAGCAAAACGAUUCCACCAAAAUUAAAGUUUAUGGUAAUCAGUUAGGGUCGACAGCAGCUUCUUAUAUUCCCAACUGUAUUUCCCUCAAGGAUAUUAUUGUGAGGGGAGAACGUACAAGUACUGUGAAUAUUAGGUCAGCAUAGCUGCAUAUGAUUUUAUAUCGUGGUUCACCAGUUUGUCCUUUCUUUCUUGUUGUGUAGCCUCAGUGGCGUACACUAUUGCUAUUAUUUUCUACCUAUAUCUCAGUGAAAUGUAUUUAUAUACAGUGGAGUACAUCCUCUUUGGCUUAUUGCUUUAAUUGAUUCCAUCUUGGCAAUGAA